UCAAAAAUCCCACAGAAAAAAUUAUUUUGGGCUGGACUAUAUAUAUAGAUAUAUAUAUGUAUAUAGGUAUAGGUGAAAAUCUCUGGCAUUGUUGGUUUCUGGCCUUGGUUUGUCUCUGUUGUGUGGGUGAGGUAUAGAGAGAGUUGGGGAAUGGGGAGAGCGCCGUGUUGCGAGAAAGUAGGACUCAACAAGGGGAGAUGGACGGCGGAAGAGGAUGAGAAAUUGACUAAGUACAUUCAAGCUAAUGGUGAAGGUUCUUGGAGGUCAUUACCCAAGAAUGCGGGGUUACUGAGAUGUGGGAAGAGUUGCAGACUGAGAUGGAUAAACUACUUGAGGGCUGACCUAAAAAGAGGAAACAUAACUACUGAGGAAGAAGAGCUGAUUGUUAAGUUGCAUACUGCUUUGGGAAAUAGAUGGUCGUUGAUAGCGAGUCAUUUACCGGGACGAACGGACAACGAAAUAAAGAAUUACUGGAACUCCCAUUUGAGCAGAAAGAUUCACAGCUUCAGGAAGCUUAUUUCAAACGAAACCCUUUCCAUCAUCGCCGACGUCGCAAAGCUCGCCGCCGCAACCAAGCCAAAACCCUCCGCUAAUAAACCAGGCAGUGGAAUCGGACGGCCGGCAAAGAAGAAGCGUAAAGCUCGGAAUGCCCAAAACGACGUCGCAGCGAAGCAGCCAGAAGCGAAGAUACCUUUGGCUUCGGAACCCACAGUGUCAUCAUCAUUGCCAUGUCCCCCCACUACUCCAGACCUGGACGAAGGUGCCAUGAGAGACGUGUACUGCUGCAUGAACCUGGAUCAUCCGUGCGCAGAGAGUGAUACGACGUCGUUCCAGAACCCAGCUGGACGUUCAAGUCCCUCUCGAGACAGUAGUUGUACAGGCCAUGCAGUUGCAGACGACAACGAUCAUGGAAUUCUAUUGUGUUCUAGUGAGGAGAGAGAACAGGCAUUAAAUGGAAAUUCAAUGUCGUGCCCAGGCAAUGGUGGACAGAAAGAGACGGAAACUCUGUCGGGUCCACACGACGUCGUCAUUAAUGGUGAUGAUGAUGGGAUGUUAUGUUUUAACGAGCUUAUGGGCGAGGAGCUUUUGGACCCAGAUGAGCUUUUGACAGUAAGUGAUUAUUCUGCGGUUGUGCUUAAUGGUGAUGAUCAAAGGACAAUAAUGAGUAGUGGUAGUGGUGGGAAUUGCACUAUGACCAGCUCCUCUUCGUGCUCCUCAGAAAUUUCUUGUUUGGAUAACGAGAAAUUUGAUUUAGGUAACAACUGGGAAUGGAUUGAUAAUUAUCUUGAAGGGCAAAAUGGGAUUUUGGACGUCGAGAAAGACGACAUGCUUUCUUGGUUGUGGGAUAAUGACGAUGGAGCAGGAAUAGGAAGCGGUGAAAAACGUAAUAUUAGUUUAGAUGAAAGUGAUUUUGAUAAGCAAAACGCCAUUGUCGCUUGGCUUCUCUCUUGAGUAUUGAUGAGUGUGUGUUAUGUCUUGAUUGUUUUUUGGCAGCUAGGUUUUGAACUAAUGGAUGAGUGUACAAAAAGUCAAUUGUGGCUUCUUUGUUUAUUUGUUUAGUCCCCAACAUUUUUGUUAAU